UUCUUUUUUACAUUUUCAGGAGUUUUUUGAGAACCCCGCCUUCCGGCCCGACGGGAUGAAGCUGUACCCCACGCUGGUGAUCCGCGGCACGGGGCUCUACGAGCUCUGGAAAACGGGGCGGUACCGGAGUUACCCCCCCAGCACCCUGGUGGAUCUGGUGGCCAGGAUCCUGGCCCUGGUGCCGCCGUGGACACGCGUGUACCGCGUCCAGAGAGAUAUCCCAAUGCCUCUGGUCAGCUCUGGGGUGGAACACGGGAACCUGAGGGAGCUCGCCCUGGCCAGGAUGAAGGACCUGGGGACGCAGUGUCGCGACGUGAGGACGAGAGAGGUCGGAAUUCAGGAAAUCCACCACAAAGUGAGACCAUACCAGGUGGAGCUGAUCCGUCGGGACUACGUGGCCAACGGGGGCUGGGAGACGUUCCUGUCCUACGAGGACCCCGAGCAGGACAUCCUGGUGGGGCUGCUGCGCCUGCGCCGGAGCUCCCCGGACACCUUCCGCCCCGAGCUGCGCGGCGGCGUCUCCGUGGUGCGCGAGCUGCACGUCUACGGCAGCGCCGUGCCCGUCAGCAGCCGCGACCCCAGCAAAUUCCAGCACCAGGGAUUUGGAAUGUUGCUGAUGGAGGAGGCAGAAAGGAUCGCCAGGGAGGAGCACGGGGCACGGAAAAUCGCCGUCAUUUCAGGUGUCGGCACCAGGAAUUACUACAGGAAGAUUGGCUACGAGCUGGAAGGGCCCUACAUGGUGAAAAGCUUGGAAUGAUGAUCCUGGA